GCACCGGUCCGUAAAAAUACUAGUUGAACUUAAAAGAAGAGAAGUUUUUCUCUCUUUCUUUGGUGAACUUAUAAACAAGGGAAUAAAAUGGCGUUCUCUCUUUCUAAGGGAAUGGUUGCUGCUGCUACUCCACCUCAAUAUCAUCACCUCUCCCGCACAGAUGCCAUCUUCCCGCUUCGCAGAACGCUUCAUGCGAAACCCUUGUUAACUCCGAUUUCAAUCUUGAAAAGUAGCACUCCUUUCAGAUUCUCAUCAGUGAACGCAGCAGCCAGUCCCGAUGACAUUGGCCAAUCUUCCACAGGCCCAUCACCCAUUGCUCAAGAAGAUGAAAAACCCUGUAAGGAAGUGGAAGAAUGUGUGAGAGUGCUGAAAAGGGCUGCCAAGACAAGAAAAGUUCCACCUUGGGAGAUUCUUUCUGCAUUCUCAGUGAUCGAGAAGGCAAAGCUCAACCCCUCUGGUUUCUUUGAAACUCUUGGAGGAACCGAGUCACCUGGAAGAACUUGGAUGCUUAUUUUCACAGCAGAGAAAAAGCUACAGCGCGGGAGAUAUUUUCCAAUUACAGCUGUUCAGAGGUUCGAUGCAGCUGGAAGGAGAAUCGAAAAUGGAGUUUAUCUUGGCCCUUUAGGAUGGUUGAGCUUUGAAGGGAGGUUGUCGUGGAAGAGUAGAAUACUUGCAUUCACGUUUGAGCAGAUCCGCGUGAAGGUUGGCCCUUUUAAGCCAUUUGAUAUUGGUGUCAAGGCCGGGAAGGAUGAAAGGGAGCCAAGCAACAAGAACGAUCCAUUUUUCAUUUGGUUUUAUGUAGAUGAAGAAAUAGCUGUUGCUCGCGGUAGAAGUGGGGGCACUGCCUUUUGGGUUCGUUGUCGACGUGUUGGUGUAGACUUAUAGUAUCUAAGGUAGUAUUUUUGUUUAUAGCUCUACAGAAAACAUAUACUUGCAAAUAAGACCUUCUGGCGUCUUUUGUCUGCGCCGCGCAGACGCGCGCAGAUGAUGGGCUCUGCAGAUUGUUUGUUUUUUGGAAGACAUUUCACUCAAAAAGGUCUUCCUGGCAUCUUCUUGGAGAAGACAUUAACCAAUGUCUUCUAACAU